AUGAUGAUGCAUGGCCGCAACAACGGCAAGAAGCUUAUGGCAGUGCGCAUCGUCAAGCAUGCCUUUGAAAUCAUCCACCUCCUCACAGACAAGAACCCCAUCCAGGUCUUUGUGGAUGCUGUCAAGAACGGAGGUCCUCGUGAAGACUCCACCCGAGUUGGCUCGGCAGGUGUGGUGCGGCGUCAGGCUGUGGAUGUGUCCCCGCUGCGCCGUGUGAAUCAAGCCAUCUAUCUCAUUUGCACUGGAGCGCGAAACAGUGCCUUCCGAAACAUCAAGUCCAUCGCCGAGUGCCUUGCAGAUGAGAUCAUGAAUUGCGCGAAGGAGUCUUCCAACAGCUACGCCAUCAAGAAGAAGGAUGAAAUUGAGCGCGUGGCCAAGGCCAAUCGCUGA